AUGAGUUGUCACACUACACAACAUCUUUCUCUGUCCAUAAACAACAACCUAACCGAAGGCACCAUUUCCCUGAGGAACCUGAUUUGCGCCCAUGGCCAACCCUACGAGAAGGGCGAAACUGUCAAGCUCAUCUCCCCCGAAGAUGUCAAUCAGAUCUCAAUCCCUCAUGGCAAAAGUGCCGUGCUAUCGGUCUGCGGAAGUGCAACGCUUGGGCAAGGCAUCGAGGGAAUGAUUGAUCUCCGCCGCGAUGGAAAGAGUUUGAUCGCUUCCCUAUACUGGAAUGGACCUUGGAAACGCAUUGGAAAUGAGUGUUAUCUUGUUAAUGUUGACAACGAGCAUUACGUCCUUGAAUUGACUACCCCUCCGUUUGAAGGUAUACUAGGGGAUCUCGCUGUCGAUGUCAGAGAAAUCGAGGCGAGUGAACCACUGCAAUAA